AUGGCAACCGUCGAUACUGUCACCCUGGGCGCGGCCCAUCCUCCCAAGGAAGCAUCCAUCACAGCCUUCAACGAGAUCGAAGUCGAGCUCAAGACCAAGCUGCAACACCUCCGCCACGAGAUGACCAAGCACGAGCCCGAGUACUUCGCAGCAGUCAAGAACAUGUCCGACAAGCAGCUCACCACCUUCUCGUCGGAUGAUCUAAAGGAAGUCCGCAUCGCCACCUCUGCCUACGGCCUCCACCUCUUCGGAAAAGUCCUGUUGCCAGAAUGCGACCUUUCGCACGCCUAUCCCGAGAAGGGCACGGACGCCUACUUCAUGUUCCGCGCCUUCAUCCCCGCCGAGGCCACCACGGCAAAGCUGCACUGCAUCCACACCGAGGAGGCCGAGAAGCCGGAUGGCGACAAGGUGUACCGCGCCAUCUUCUCGCAGCACGACAAGCUGGAGUGGUUUGACACGUGA